AUGUCUCGCAAGUUCAACUUUCAAGACUUGGCGACUGUGACACUAACUCAGACCUGCAGUGUUGUCGUGACAAGACCUAUUGCUGAGAAGCUACCCGACCCAGGGAGUUUUACAAUUCCGUGCACCAUAGGGAGCUAUGCUUUUGCCAAAGCAUUGUGUGAUUUGGGGGCGAGCAUAUACUUGAUGUCCUUGUCUAUCUAUAAAAGGUUAGGCAUUGGAAGGGUUGGAAAGUUUGUGUUUCCGGUAGAUUUUAUUAUUCUAGAUUGCCAGGUUGAUGAAGAGAUUCUUAUAAUUUUGGGAAGGCCAUUCCUGGCUGUAGGGAGAGCUUUGAUUGAUUGUGAACUAGGAGAUAAAGAUGAGACUGAACGAUGA